AAAAAACGGCUCAGCUGUGUCACAAUCAGACAUUUUCUACAGUGAUGUAUUCGGCUGGGCUGGAGAGCCUUGAUCGGCACGGCAAGGGGGGCUGACUCUGUAGACCAGCCUCCUGCCUCCCUCUUUUGCUCCACAUGUCCCUGGAACCGCCAGAGUAGCUGGGAAGGGUAGAGCAGAGUGAGCACUCUUUCGUCGAGAUGGCCAGGUGGAGUGUGUGGCGCAGCCCUGCGAAGCUGGCGCUGGCGUGGGCAGAGGAGCUGGCCUCAGGCGUGCGCUGCAGCAGCAGCAGCAGCGUGCCGGUGAUCCGACAGUCCUACUCGGAGAGCGGCAGCAUCGUCCGGCCUUUUAAUGAGAUUCCCGGACUGUGGAAGAAUGGGGUGGUUAACUUGUACAACUUCUGGAAAAUGGAUGGCUUCAGAAACCUACACCGCAUCAUGGUACAGAACUUCAACACCUUUGGACCCAUUUACAGAGAGAAAAUAGGUUAUUAUGAAAGCGUGAAUAUCAUCAAACCAGAGGAUGCUGCUAUCCUGUUCAAAGCAGAGGGUCAUUAUCCUAAAAGGCUCAAGGUUGAAGCAUGGACAUCAUACCGAGACUACAGAAAUCGCAAAUAUGGAGUUCUGUUGAAGAAUGGAGAAGACUGGAGAUCAAACCGUGUGAUUCUCAAUAAGGAAGUGAUUUCGCUGAGGAUGUUGGAGAACUUUGUGCCUCUGCUGGAUGACGUGGGGCAGGACUUUGUGGCCAGGGUUCACAGAAAGAUAGAGAGAAGUGGCCAAAACAAAUGGACCGCAGACCUUUCCCAAGAACUAUUCAAAUAUGCACUUGAGUCGGUGAGCUCGGUGCUGUAUGGGGAGCGCCUGGGCUUGAUGUUGGAUUACAUUGACCCUGAAGCUCAACACUUUAUUGACUGCAUCACCCUCAUGUUCAAGACUACCUCGCCCAUGCUGUACAUACCUCCUGCCCUGCUGCGGCAGAUUGGAGCAAAGGUGUGGAGGGACCACGUAUCAGCGUGGGACGGCAUAUUUAACCAAGCGGAUCGCUGCAUUCAGAACAUCUACAGGCAGCUGCGUCAGGAAACAGGAACUUCCAAAAAGUACCCGGGAGUCCUUGCUAGCCUGCUCAUGCUGGACAAGCUCUCCAUUGAAGACAUCAAGGCCAGUAUCACUGAGCUAAUGGCCGGAGGAGUUGACACAACAUCUAUAACGCUCCUGUGGACGUUGUAUGAAUUAGCCAGGCAUCCCAGUCUUCAGGAAGAGCUCAGGGCAGAGGUGGCUGCAGCUCGGGCUGCCACCCAGGGGGACAUGCAGGAGAUGCUGAAGCGGAUUCCUCUGGUCAAAGGGGCUCUGAAGGAAACACUGAGGUUGCACCCAGUGGCAGUGAGCUUGCAAAGAUACACUGCAGAGGAUAUCAUUAUUCAAAACUACCACAUCCCAGCCGGGACCUUGGUUCAGUUAGGACUGUAUGCCAUGGGCAGAGACCCCAAAGUUUUCUUCCGUCCGGAGCAGUAUCAGCCCGCUCGCUGGCUAAGGUCUGAGACACACUACUUCAAAAGCCUGGGCUUUGGCUUUGGUCCCCGUCAGUGUUUGGGACGCAGAAUAGCUGAGACAGAGAUGCAAAUCUUCCUCAUCCAUAUGCUGGAGAACUUCAGAGUGGAGAAGCAACGCCAUGUGGAGGUGCAGAGUACCUUUGAGCUCAUUCUCCUGCCAAACAAACCUGUGAUAUUGACUCUGAAACCUCUACAAGCUAGUCAGUAACAUCAAACUGGGUAGAAAUGUGUGGUAAAUGGUAAGUUGAGCUAAAUAUCUGUAGUGUUUUUUUUCCCUUUAUCAACUCUAGUUAGGAAGGCUUUAUCUGAAUAUCUUCCAACCAUAGGCAGAGAGCAAGAAAAGCUAAAUUUAGGAAAGAUAUUAAAAAAAUGUGCCUAAACCAUUACCUCAGCGAUACAUUAACUACAGAAGUAACUACAUGUAUUGUAUAUAGCUUAGUGAGUUGUUUGAAAUGUUAUAGAUAUAAAGUUGUUUAUAAAGUAUAUAAAACAUUUGAAUGUCUCUGUACUUGAACAAUUGUUAAAAAAAACAACAGACCAGUGUAACCCAGUGACAAAUAAACAA